GAGAGAGAGGGGACCGAGAUAUUUCCCCCAAACCCAAACACGUGUUUCUCUCUCUACGGCGCCAACCCCCUUUUCUUUCUCUCUCUAAAACUCUCUCAUAUUCCUCCAAUUCCAAAUAAUUUACACAAUCACAACUUCAAUCCGUUUAAGGAAGCUUCCACUACGUGAUUUUGCUUUACUGAUUCCGUUUUAUUCAGAGCAGGUUACCCACCGGGCCACCACCACCACUACCGAUGCUCUUCCAUCUGCUGAUUGGCAUCGCCGUCACUACCGAUCGUCUUCCAUCUGCUGCUGUUGAUCAUCGUUGAUUAAAGCGGCCGGCUGAUGCCAAACCAGGUUAUGGUGUGCUGGUCAGGUUUUGCUAGAAGGAUAGUGUGAGGAUGCAGACAGCCGGUGAACAUAAGUUGCCUCACUUCUUUCAUUAUCCGCCUUACUUCACGUUGCAGCCUGUAAGAGAAACCCGAGAGAAGCAAAUACAACUCUGGAAAGAACUUAUUCUCGAUUAUUGUCGGGCACACAAGAUUUUUGUUAUUGGAUUGGAAGAAGACUUUCCUCUGUUCUCCAACCCUGCAAUUGAAAGAUCUCUGAAUCAUGAAGCAAGAGAAGCGUUCUUGUCGGCUUUAGUCUUGGACGGACGUGCAGAAUGGAUGGACAAGAGUCAUAGGCAAUGUCUGAUCCUCUGGCAUCGAAUAAAAGAUUGGGCAGACAUUAUAUUACACUUUGCCAAGGAGAAUGGCUUAGAGGACAGCGUGAUGACCGUUGAGGAGAUUCGUACAGGAAUUGAAUCACGGGGAACAGAUAUCCAUGGAAUGGACCGCGGUGUUCUAAUGAGAGCACUCAAACUUUUGGAAAACAAGGGAAAGCUUGCAAUCUUUAAGGGAACUUCAACUGAUGAUGAAGGUGUGAAAUUUUCUGUUUAAUAUGUUCUGCAGAGCCAGGUAUUUGUUUGAUAUGAUUUGUACUUGAUGAGUCACAUAUUGUAACCGAUAAAAAGUGUUCAAGGUUUUUUACUUCUGUUGGAUUCAAUCAUAUCAUUGUUUUGGUGAAGAACUGGUCUUGUUUGAAUCUGAGAUGAGGAUUUGAUAUGAAUGAUUAUUUCUAAAUUCGUUACCCGUUA